AUGCAAUUAGAUCCCGUCACUAUAACACACAUUUGCACGGAGAAGUAUGCAUCAGACGUAUUUUCCGCCUCGAAUUACAUCUCUUCAUACCUUCAACUUGACAAAGACGUCGUCAUGUUUUCUUCUAAAAAAGGAUUUAUAUUUUACAAUAUAACGACACGAUCGAUUGACAAGUAUUAUCCAGAUGCGCCGUAUUUGAGUAAGAUGCAAUACUUCAAUGACAACUUUUUACUUGUUGCAAUGAAAAAUUAUCGCAUCGUAUUUUACCUCUUCCAACCAAGUCUUCCCACCCUUCAACAAGUCUUAAUCCCACUCACCCGACUCACAUCAAACACACAACAAUUUCAAACCAUUGCAAUUUCGCGCCUCAAAAAUUCAGUGAUCAUUUCGGGUGUCGAUAAAGAAACUAAAAAGGAUGUCUACGUCUUCCAAUUUUCAUUUGACGGGACGUUACUUCAAAAAGUCGACUUGAUGCAUUCGAAGGAUAAUAUUGUUGAUAUUUCAUUUGUGAACACUUCGCUCUGUGUUGUGACCGCAAAGGAAUUGAAGAUAGUUCCGUGUCUCCAUAAAGGAAGAGUGCUCUCAAAACCAUUCAAAAAUGAAAUCCAAGCCAGUCUCCCAACGUUCACACGACUUUCCCCUGCACAACUUCUCAUCAACGUCAAUGAAGAACUGUAUUCACUUACAGACGCCAGCAUUUCUAUGAUCGAAACUAAUGCUCCAGUUAAUGCAGUCGUACUCAUUACACCGGUCGUGUUACUCUUCCACGAAUUGAACCCACACAGAUACUUCAUGUCCUACUUCAUUGAGACUCAAAGCCCAAGUCAGUUGGUUAGAAGGCCCGAGUUCACGACAAUCUCUGCUGUAUUUUCCCCAGUGAUCUUUUGUCAUCCAUCAAACCGACUUUGUAUCAUCGAAUUGAAGAGCGAUUGGUAUAAAAGAUGCUUUUUGGAUGGAAGGCUUGAAGAGGGUCUUUCAUUGAGUAAACGUGCUGAUGAAGAUGGUAAGAAGUGGGACUCUGCUGGAUGUAUUUUGCGGAUCUAUGAAUUGCUCUGUCAGUGUUAUCAACACUUUCGAAUUGAAAAGAUCCUUCUCACCCAUCAGAUGGAUGAAAUCCUCAAACUCCUUCAACGCACUAAAAAGGAAAUCAUGUUCAGCUGUGUGACUCAAUACAUCAUGAAAGACUUCUGUCCCGUCCUGUACAUCCCUCUGAGUUCACUCUUUCAACUUGGGACGUCGGAUAUAUCCGUCCAAGUGUUGACUGAUUUUCCAGAAGAGUUAUUGCCAAGACUCAACGAAACAAUGAGAAUGUUUUUGGAGCUCCGGGCAGCGAUGAUGAAGAAGAAAUUGAUACCAACAAUGGCACUCAAUUCGAGUCACGAAUUUCUAAGUGACUUGGAAAUCUUCUUUGACGGAGAGAACCGCGAAGAGUGCACUGCUUGUGUGUUGAUCCAACUCCACAUGUACCAGAAUGUGAUCACCCCACAAAUACAGAAUUACGUCAAAAGGCACAAAAAUGUCGACAACUCCAUUGUCGAAGUUGCACUGAAACAGAACGAAAGUUCGUUGCUUGGAUAUUUAACACUCAUGGAUGACGUUCCUCGAAUUAUGGCUUUGAAAUUGAAAGACCCAUUACUGAGACUGGACGCACUCGUUUCGAUUGCAAGAAAUAGAAAGUGGGCUGGAAAUGCAAAUGAUCCGCUUGCGAUUGCGUUCCAAGAGAUCGUAGUCACUGCUUUUAAACGAUUGGAAUAUUCCCCAAUCAAUGACGGGAGUCGCGAGUUACAAAUUAUCAUUUAUAAAAUUUUUGGAGGGAGCGACUCAUAUCUCCAAGUCGAAACUGCACUCAAAUUGCUUGAGGCGUGGGAAGUCACCAAAAAUCCGGUUGUUAACAGUGAGGCGUCACAACGAAUGAAAAUUUUGUAUUUGACGUGUUUGCUCGAUCAAUACAAGAACUCCGAUGCGCCGUCUGUAUUAGUGAAUUGGGCGUUGUUGAUGUACAUCUACUACAUCCAUACAAUGGCUGCGAUCAAAGUCAGAGUUCCUUUAAGUCUCUUGAAAAAGGGGAUUUACUUAGUACAGAGUUACCCAAAGAUCUCGGCAAAUGUAGUUGGUGGUCUUACCAAAGUGUCAUGGGAAUGUUACCCAAUUAGUUGUCCAAUUGCCAUUUGUGCGGGUGCUGAAAAAGGAGUGGAGUACUUUGUGAGUGUUCUAAGGAAGUUUUACACAAGCGAGCAGGGCAGAGAGGAGGUCUUUGGAGAGAGUGGUCUUCUGUUAAGAGUGGAGGACGACUUGAUGAACUUCAUAGCAAGCAUGAACGACAAAUUUGGGAAUUACAGUAAGAACACGACACGGGCACAUUUGUUGUGCCAGCUUGAAUUUUACAAUGAAAAGAUCAAAACGCAAUACCAGCCGUUUUUGACAACAUCAGUUAGUGGAGUUGAGUUGGAAUUUGUACUUUUCUUGUUGGCGCAAGACAACGCAGAGUUGAUACAAAAUGCGAUUCUAUUAAUGUUGGAUUCUUAUAAAGUCAUUCCACUUGAGUUUGUACAAACCGUGUUACAAAUGAUACUCCCCAAGCACAUUCCAGUCAAUGCGUUUCGAAAAUUUUUGAAGAGAAAUUGUUCAUUCAACACGGUGUACUACAAAGAAUUCAUAGAAUAUUGUAUCGACUAUAUCAAACAACUUGAUAACCACAUUGAUGUGCUUGUGGACUAUUUACUUGAAUACACCGGCCUUCCUGGAAAAGAUAAUAUUAAUGCAAUGGAGAACUUGGUGUCAAUCAUGACAGACUCUCCAUAUCUGAAAAAGAAGUUGAAACAAAUGGAGAAUGUGAAUUGGCGCAUUAGGGCAAGACUGAUGUUUUCGAGUAAGUACAAAUCACUUCUGGAGUAUCUCAAAGUGUUUGUUGAAGAGUACAAACAGAACAAAAAUUACUUUGAUCUUUUUGAGAGCGAGUUGGCAGAGUUUAAGACUGAAAAAUGCGAAGAACUUGUCAGUACUAUACGAGCAAAUUUCAAGCCGUUUUGUGAUGAAAAGAAGUGUGUCUUAGUCGAGGCGAUAUAUUACUGUCUCUUCAACGCACCCGAUGGAAUCACUUCGCCACUGCUCGCAGUCUUAAUGAAAGAGCUUGUUAACAUGGAGGCCCCAGUACGGUACAACAUAGUCAUCUUCUCGACGUUCCACAAGUACAUUCCUCCAUUCAUAUCAUCUGAGCACGACUCGUGGCUUGGCAUUAAAUCACAAAAAGUUGCCAACCGAGUCCACUUCAGAGUAUAUAACUACUUAAUUGACUCGGUCCAACCAUCGAUCCUCAUUCCGCUCUUGCGGAAAAGUGUGCAAAGUGCUGCGCUCGAACUUUUCACACUCAAGUUUAAAGAAAUGGGACUGAAAAAUUCGGAGCCGGAGUUGUCGAAAAGGAAGCAAGUGCAAAGGUACGAGACAAAAUGUUCAUUGUGUGGGCUAAGGAUUUUACCAAAACAAAAGUUUGUUGUUAAAAGUGGUGCAUAUUUUCAUGUGACAUGUCAGUAA